CAUAUCUCUUCCUAAAUUUAAGAGGGACGAUCGAGGCUAAGCUGUUGCACACGAAGCUUCCAUUCCAAGGCUGUGAAUGAGGCCGCUUGGAGUUUGUCAUGGAUCCAUCAUCCAUCGAUUUGUUUUCUCUCUCCUGUCAGUUUUUUGCUAACUUUGCUUGCUUGCAUGCAUAGAUUUCUCCUCCCCAACCGCAUUACCCUUCGCCAUCGCAUCGCCUCCUCCUCCUCCUCCUCCUCCUCCUCCUCCCAUCUACUCCUGCGUACUACUUUAGCUCCCCGUUUGCUCCAUGGAUCCUCUCCUCCUCCUCCUCCUCCAGCUAGCUUGCUGCUAGCUUGACCGCUUCUUCAAUCUUGAUCCGUCCCUCUCACUAGCUCGAUUGCCUUUUCAUCAUUCACAUUGUUCUUCUUCUUCUUGAUCUGAUCGAGUAUUCGACUUCUCUCGCUGGUUGGUUGGUUUCUUGAUCCGCCAUGGACGACGACGAUGUGGUGGUGCUUAGUAGUGCUAGUGCGACGCGGCACAGCUGCAAGGUGUGCGGGAAGGGGUUCGCCUGUGGCCGCUCGCUCGGCGGCCACAUGCGCUCCCACUCGCUCACGGAGGUGGACGCGGUGGCGGCGGCGGUGGCGCCGGCUUACGAGCGAGCCGAUGACGAUGAGGGCGGCGACGGGAAGACGGUGCGGCGGUGGAUGCAGAGCGGCGGCGGAUAUGGGUUAAGGGAGAAUCCCAAGAAGACGCGCCGGCUCUCGGCGGGCUCCGGCGGCGGCGGCGGCGGCGGCGACAACGACGAUGGAGACGCGUGCCAUCACCGCGGCGGCGAUCUCCUGUCGUCGUCGUCGUGCCGGCCGGUGCUCGGCCGCGUGCGCAGCCAUGCGCCACCGGCAGGCGGGGCGGCGUACGCCGACGACUCCGAAGAUGUCGGCGUGGACGUGGACGGCGGCGGCGGCGACGAUCGUUACCGGGACCGGGAGAUGCUGGUGAUGGCGGCUCCGAGGCGGCGGCCGCGGUCGAUGCGCGUGCCGGCGCCCGUGCGCGACGAGUUCGUCGUCGACGAGGAGCCGGAGGACGUCGCCCUCUGCCUCGUGAUGCUGUCGCGCGACACCGGCCGGCCAUGGAACUCGAGACCAAGCGACGAGUACUCAUCUCUCAUGUACAACAGCAGCUACCACCACCACCACGACGCCGUCUCCGACGACGAUUUGGAGUUGUCCCUCUCCUCCCCGUACGCGGACACCGAGAUCAGGACCAAGAAGAGGAGGAAGACGACGGGUGCGGCGAGCACCGCCGGCGGCGAGAAGCGGGGCCGGUACGAGUGCCACGGCUGCGGCCGGGCUUUCCUGUCCUACCAAGCUCUCGGCGGCCACCGCGCUAGCCACAAACGUAUAAACAGCAAUUGCAGCCUUGUCAAACCUCCGGCCGAUCAGCCGGAGCCGAGCAUCGAAACAUCGUUCAGCUCUGCCUCGACGUCGGUGUCACCAGCUGACACCAUGAUCAGCGCGGCCACCAUCUCGAAGACGGUGAAGAAAGCAACUAAAUUCGUGUGCCCAAUCUGCUCCAAGGAGUUCGGCUCCGGUCAGGCUCUCGGCGGGCACAAGCGGUCGCACUCGAUCGCAGGCGAGCUCUACGAGCGCGGCCACGCCGACGGCAUUGUCAAGCUGGAGCAACCUUUGCUCGCCGACAGGUUUCUUGAUCUCAAUCUGCCAGCUCCAGGAGGAGAUGAUGGCUGAAGCUUAAUUAGGAGGAGAUGAUGGCUGAAGCUUAAUUUUGGUUCCUCCAAGUUUUGACAUUUUUUGGGGAGAGCAUGGGUAUGUACAGAUUCAGAUUCAAUUCAUUCUUUUGGAGUUUCAGCUUAGUUGAUCAUGAGGGAUUAAAUAAUUAUAUUGUUAGGUCUUUAGUUAAUUACUCCAGAUUUUUCGACCAGUUUUGUUUUGAAUUUAGUGCUUUUUGUUAGCUCUGUUCUGUUUUUGCUCCACAUUGGGAGGAAAAUAAGAACAUCAUAUGAUCUCAAUUGAGAACUGGUACAAUGAAAUGCUUCCAGAAAAGAUUUCAGUUGAAAUGUUCUCAGUCUUGAAAUUAAUCUCCUCGUUUGUUUCUUUGCUACUUCUGCAUAUAACUGCUACAGCUUUGAGUCAAUGCGAAGUAACAUGCUUCUUUUAACUCCGAUUCAGAUGAUCUACUGGCAGUAGCAGUUUAUACUGAGCUAGUAUGAUAAAAUG